CUUGCAUUUUCUUCUCCUCCGAGGAAAAGUUAUUUCCUCUUCUGAGAAAGAAAUCUUGAAUUUGGAUGCCUAGCAAGAUGUUCUGAAGAACAGCAGCAACCCUCUGGGGGAUGGUAACUUCAACAUCAUGAGCAAAGACAAAGAACCUACUGUCAUAAGCCUUCAUUCUGUGUAUGUCAUGACCUUAGUAUGGGGAACCCUAAUCCAGUUCUCUGAAGAAAGUGAAUUUGUGGUAGACAAGUCAAAAAUAGGCCUUACUCGUGUUCCAAAAGACCUGCCACCCCAAACCAAAGUCUUAGAUGUGUCUCAAAACUUCAUAACUGAGCUUCACCUCUCUGACAUCAGCUUUCUCUCGCAGCUGACGGUUUUGAGACUUUCCCAGAAUAGGAUGCAGUGCCUUGAUAUCAGUGUUUUCAAGUUCAAUCAGGAUUUGGAAUAUUUGGAUUUAUCUCACAAUCAGUUGCAGACAAUCUUGUGCCAUCCCAUCACCAGCCUCAAGCAUUUGGACCUCUCAUUCAAUGACUUUGAAGCCCUGCCCAUAUGUAAGGAGUUUGGCAACUUGACACAACUGAAUUUCUUGGGAUUAAGUGCUACAAAGUUACAGCAAUUAGAUCUACUACCAAUUGCUCACUUGCAUCUAAGUUGCAUCCUUCUGGAUUUGGAACGUUAUUACAUGAAAGAAAAUGAGAAAGAAAGUCUUCAAAUUCUGAACACAAAGAAACUUCACCUGGUCUUUCAUCCAAAUAGCUUCUUCUCUGUCCAAGUAAACAUAUCGGUUAAGAGUGUAGGGUGUUUACAACUGGCUAAUAUUAAACUGAGUGAUGACAACUGUCAGGUUUUCAUUACAUUUUUAUUGGAACUCACUCAAGGGCCAACCUUACUAAAUUUUACGCUCAACCAUGUGGAAACAACUUGGAAAUGUUUGGUUGGAAUUUUUCAAUUCCUUUGGCCCAAACCUGUAGAAUAUCUCAGUAUUUACAAUUUAACAAUAGUUGAAAGCAUUGAUGAAGAAGAUUUUAUUUAUUAUGAAACAACAUUGAAAGGAGUGAAAAUAGAACAUAUUACAAAGAGAGUUUUUAUUUUUUCACAGACAGCAUUAUACAGAGUGUUUUCCGAUAUGAAUAUCAGGAUGUUAACCAUAGCAGACACACAUUUUAUACACAUGCUUUGUCCUCAGGUACCAAGCACAUUUAACUUUUUGAACUUUACCCAGAAUGUUUUUACAGAUAGUGUUUUUCAAAAUUGCAAAACUUUAGCUAGAUUAGAGACACUCAUCUUACAAAAGAAUAAAUUAGAAGACCUUUUCAAAAUAAGCCUCAUGACUAAGGAUAUGCUAUCUUUGGAAAUACUGGAUGUUAGCUCGAAUUCUUUGGAGUAUGAUAGACAUGGUGAAAAUUGCACUUGGGUUGGGAGUAUAGUGGUGUUAAAUUUAUCUUCAAAUAUACUCACUGACUCUGUUUUCAGAUGUUUACCUCCCAGGAUCAAGGUUCUUGAUCUUCACAGUAACAGAAUAAGGAGCAUCCCUAAGGAUGUCGCCCAUCUGGAAGCUCUGCAAGAACUCAAUGUUGCUUCCAAUUCUUUAGCUCACCUGCCUGGAUGUGGUUCCUUUAGCAGCCUUUCCAUUCUGACCAUUGACUAUAAUUCAAUUUCCAACCCAUCAGCUGACUUCUUCCAGAGCUGCCAGAAGAUUAGGUCCCUCAAAGCAGGGAACAAUCCAUUCCAAUGUACAUGUGAGCUAAGAGACUUCAUCCAAAGUCUAGGUCAAGUAUCGAGUGACGUGGUAGAGAGUUGGCCUGAUUCUUACGAGUGUGAGUAUCCAGAAAGUUAUAAGGGGACUCUGCUCAAGGACUUCCGUGUAUCUGAAUUAUCCUGCAACACAGCUCUGCUGAUUGUCACCAUCGGAGUCACUGGGCUGGCAUUGGCUCUUACCAUGACCGGCCUCUGUGUCUACUUUGAUCUGCCCUGGUAUCUCAGGAUGCUGUGUCAGUGGACCCAGACUCGGCGCAGGGCUAGGAAUGUACCCUUAGAAGAACUCCAAAGAACUCUCCAGUUCCAUGCCUUCAUUUCAUAUAGUGAACACGAUUCUGCCUGGGUAAAAAAUGAACUGGUACCUUGUCUAGAAAAAGAAGGUAUAAAGAUUUGUCUCCAUGAGAGAAACUUUGUUCCUGGCAAGAGCAUCAUGGAAAAUAUCAUAAACUGCAUUGAGAAAAGCUACAAGUCCAUCUUUGUUUUGUCUCCCAACUUUGUCCAGAGCGAGUGGUGCCACUAUGAACUCUACUUUGCCCACCACAACCUCUUCCAUGAAGGGUCUGAUAACUUAAUCCUGAUCUUGCUGGAUCCCAUUCCACAGAACAGCAUUCCUGGCAAGUAUCACAAACUCAAAGCUCUCAUGGCACAGCGAACUUAUUUGGAAUGGCCCAAGGAGAAGAGCAAACAUGGACUUUUUUGGGCUAAUAUUAGAGCUGCUUUCAAUAUUAAAUUAAAACUAGUCGCUGAAGAGGAUGAUGUGAAAACUUAAAAAAAAGUCAAAAAUCCAACUUAAGAACUCAUCAUUCACUUGGAUUCUGAGGAACACUGUAGUUUUAAGUUAUUAUCUGGACGAUACCUCCAUAACCUCCAUACAUUCAGGAAAGACUUAAUGAAAACUGCUUCAGUUGAACUACGGACCAGGCUGGGGACUGAGAUGGUGCUCAAACUUGCUGAUUACAGGGAGCUCAGUCUCUUCUGGUUUAACCAUUCUGUUUCAAAUUGAAACAGUCUCUUGUGAGUAAAUGCUCCAUCAUUCAAGGACUUUUCAUCUCUCCUCUCCUUUCCCCAGUAGAUUUUGUGUGAGCAGGAGUUUAUGAGACUUCAUGGCAGCAAGGAAGGAGUUAACCUCAGAACUGCAUCCUUGGUGGCCUCUGGGUUGGCUCUGUCAUCCUGCUCUACUUGGGGGCAUGGGGGAAAAAUUAGGCCAGAGAUGGAAAAUAAAGACACUAUUUCUUCACAUCUGAGUAAUCAUUUAUGAAAUAUUUGACCUUGGUACAUGAAUAUGCAGUUAACCAGUGGCGAUGCAUGGCAUGGUAGUUUAUAUAUGUGAAGAGAAAAACAGCCUUUGUUGUUGGCUGUUGUGGUCAACAUGAUUUACCUGCUUGCCAAGGAAAGUCACAGCCAAAUUUAUUUGUAGCUGGUUAUCGAAUAGGAGUUUUCUGGUUGUUUUAGAAUUUUGGUGAAUGCCUCAAAACUGACAAAAGGCAGUAAAUACCACCCUCCUCCCCUUUUUUUGUUGUUGCUGUUUUUUUUUGUUUGUUUGUUUUUUGUUCUUUAGGGCCACACUUGCAGCAUAUGGAAAUUCCCAGGCUAGGGUUGAAUCGGAGCUGGAGCUGACAGCCUAUGCCGCAGUUCACGGCAACACUGGAUUCUUUAACCUACUGAGUGAGACCAGGGAUCAAACCUGCGUCCUCAUGGACACUAGGCAGGUUCUUAAUGCGCUAAGCCACAACGGGAACUCCCCACCACAUUUUAAACUAAGAUAUUAGACACGGGCUGGACUUACUGAAAAACAGCAGAAAGGGGCUAGGAACUGUCACCUCUUAUUACCCAUCUUCAAAAGAGUGAUAGAGGGUCAUUAAGUAGAGAUGUUCUAGACCUUUGUGGAGAUUGCUUUGGAUUUCUUCCAGAGGUAAAUGAGGUGGCUCUAAGCUUGGUAGAAGAGUAGCCUGGCAUCCUACUCCCAGCCUGAAAGCUUGCAGGGUAACUGUAGUGCACAGGUCCAGGAUAGCAGAUGGGGUGUGGAGAGCUCUUAGAAGAGCUGGAUGAGUAUUCCCUAGAGUCCGAAGGAACACAGAGAUUGGUAAAAAUGCUUUGCAAAUCUAGGUGCUUGAUAAAUGUUUGUUGAAUGACUGGAUGAGUGCUUCCCACCUGGAGAAUUCAGAAGGUGAGGAAUUUGCUUGGGCAGCCCCCCACAUGGCAGGGUGAGGUGAGAAAGGAAGCAGGGAUGGCAGCCUGACUUUCCAUUAUGACUCGGCAUGGCAAAUGUGGGUGAAUUUCCUGUCCAUCAUGGGCCAUGUUGACCACAGGGAGGGUAGCUGAGCUUAUGUUGUCAUGAUAGGACCUCAGCUAACAGGGCAGCCUGUUGUGCAAAAGGUAGUAUAAGAGGCCAGGGGGUGGGCAGAAGAGGUACACGAUGGUGGUUGGGUGGGGUUGGCUACAAGAAGUUAGCCAGAGAAUGUGCCACAAAGAGCCAUGCAAUGUGGAUCCACCAGAGGCCUCUGAAUGGCCCACGGAUGCAUCUUGUGAAAGAGCCAACAUCUGGACUCAGCCAAAAUCAGAGGCAGAGGUGUGAUGGCCUGCCUGCCUUAUCCAGUAGUUAACCGCAAGGAGAUCUGCUCCUUUUUCUUUAAUCUUCUCUUCAUGUGCAGUGGCCUGGGGACAGCCAGAAUAUAGAGAAGGCAGAGAAGAUGGAGGAAGAAUAAAAUACUGGCCAUGAUGCUUCCCUGCAAGAGAGGCCUGAGCUCUGGCCAAGUAGAAUUUGGAAUUCGGAGUGAGACUGAUGUUAAAUUGGGUUGGCCUGGACAUUUCAAUGCCUGAAACAGAGGUGCAGUUACUAAAAUGAGACUUGUCACUGAAAUCUAUGGGAUCUUCCCAGGAUUCGGGAUAGAACCUGAAUAGAUUCUUAUAGAGAGAAGUUCAACAAAGCUUGAAAGAGAAAAAGCCCUCUCCUUCUGGACUUCAUUCAUUCAAUAAACUAGUUUUAUAGUUAGUAGUUAGAAAGAUAUAAGCCUUACUGAAAUUGUGUUAGAGGAGGAAAAAGAAUGUAUACAUGUAUGUGUAACUGGGUCACCAUGCUGUACAGUAGAAAAAAAUUGUAUUGGGGAAAUAACAAUAAAAAAAUUUUUAAGCAAAAAAAAAA